AUGGUAAAAUCAACAAGCGUGACCCGACUGGAUGGUCUGCCUUUGGCCGCAAGUGUGGAUGAUGAAUCGACAGAAAGAAAACUAGAAAGCCAUAAAAAACAGGCGAAAUUAAUCCUCAAAAGACUAACUCCAUCAUCUGAGAGACAAGCCUCCAUUGAAGCUGGCGACUAUUCAUUUCAUUAUAUUAUCGACCAUGGAAUUUCGUACCUUUGUAUUUGUGACCGCUCGUACCCUCGAAAGCUUGCGUUCUCAUAUUUGGAAGAACUAGCGGUUGAGUUUUGGGGCACCUACGGCGAAGAGGCCUUGCAGCCAGGCUUGCGUCCCUUUGCAUUUGUACAAUUUGAUAUCUUUAUGCAGAAAUCCAAGCGUGUUUACAAUACGCCUCGUGCAAAUGACAACUUGGACAAGCUUAAUACAGAAUUGAAGGAUGUUACGAAAGUUAUGACAAAAAAUAUUGAAGAUCUACUUUAUCGAGGUGAUUCCUUAGAGAAAAUGAGCGACUUGAGUUCUGAUUUAAGGUUUUCUAGCGCCAAAUACAAAAAGGCUGCUCGUCGUGUCAACUUGGAAGCUCUGUGGAAGCAAUAUGGACCUGUUUCUAUUGUUGUGUUCUUGUUCGUCGUCUUAAUCUAUUGGCGCUUUUUUACUUGA